AUGGUUUCUGUCAAAGCACUCACCCCUACCACUUGGAAGAAUUCGGGCUUCAAGUACCCAAACUUCACUACAGGUAUGGAAGGUGACGAGGUGGUUCAACUGCCCGACGCUUUGAUUGCUGUGGACGGGAGCCGAGUGUACGAGCCUUUGAUCAUGUUCAACUACCUCAUCGAGGAUGAUGAUGUGGCUUUUAGCUUGGAAUUCCAGCCACAGCCGCUGCCUCCUCAGGCCUGUCCUCAGUUUCUUGUUGUUGCAAGGCACAUAUUCCCUCCCAAUUUGGCUGCACAGUCGGAUGGACGAGGUGAGGACUUCUGGGCCAUCAUACCUCCACAAACUUCAGUUUGCACAAAAGGGACGUCACUCGAGGAGGUGGAGCGGAAUCACACAUUCUUUGUGAGCAAUGUGGACUUCCACAGAGCAAAGGUGUCGGCGCUUGAGUUGGCCAGAGGUGUGAAGAUGACAAGGAAGGACGCAAACACUUUCUUCGUGGGCUACCGUCAGCUGAACGAGGAGGAGGUGGACAGGUACUCGACAGAGAAUCCACCGCCUCGUCCGUAUCCUCACGAAAGUCAGAUCAACGUCACUGCACGUGUGCGGGCAUUUGUG